AACUACGGCCACCACGAGAGGACAAACUCUUUCAUUAAGCGAAGUCUUAUGUAGAUGCUAACUUAUAGGUCAAAUAUGGCAUCAUUUGUCUUCAGAACCACUCUCCUCCGCUGUGCAGCAAGAAGUGUCGCCACUAAAUAUCGAACUCCAAACCGGUGGCGUUCAGAGCAAAGUUAUGCUACAGCAGAAGAUAAUAAAGGACCCAAAAUAUACACAAAAACAGGAGACAAAGGGUUCUCCAGCACAUUCACCGGAGAAAGAAGACCAAAGGAAGAUCACAUAUUUGAAGCAUUGGGAAAUACAGAUGAGCUUUCGUCAGCUAUAGGAUUGGCCAGAGAGUUUUGCCUUGAGAAAGGUCACACAUUCAUACAUCAACUGGAUAAGAUACAAUGCAUUCUACAAGAUGUGGGCUCUAAUAUUGCUACUCCUCGAUCAUCUGCUAGAGACAGUCAUAUAAAAAAAACAAAGUUUACCUCUCAGCCAAUUGCAGACCUGGAAACAUGGAUCGAUAACUUUACGAAUGAACUUCCACCGCUCACCAACUUCAUUUUACCUUCUGGUGGGAAGAGUAGUGCAGCUUUGCAUUUAGCUCGGACAGUCUGUCGGCGAGCAGAGCGCAGCGUGGCUCCAAUUGUGCGUUCAGGGGAGGCGGAUCAAGAUGUUGCGAAGUUUCUGAACAGGCUGAGCGACUACCUGUUCACAGUUGCCAGAUAUGCAGCCAUGAAAGAAGGCAAUGAGGAGAAAAUCUACAAGAGACCAGAAUAACAGAGGACUUUCAUCGGGUUUAAAAUAUAUAGUUUGCAGUCGUUAUUUUUAUUGAAAUAUUUUAAUGACAGAUAAUAAAAAAUAAAAGCACUGCACAAGAAAGUUAAAAUAGGCAUUCAUUCUUGGCAUGAUGAGACACAUCCUAUAUUAAAUCCAACUUUACCUUUUUCCUUUUAUUAAAGUCUAACAAUACA